AUGGUGGGAGAAGCACUAGAAAAGAAACUAUAUAAUAAUGCUCUAUCUGAAGAGGAUGUAGCAACAGUUUCACAACUUCUACAACAAGAUCCAUAUCUUGUUCAAACACUUUUAUUUCCAUGUUCAAGAAAUCUUCUACAUAUAGCAGCAAUGAAUGAGCAAACAACCAUUGUUGAAGAGGUGUUGAGGCUUAAUCCGAGGCAAGCUUGGAUUUUAGACUCUCAAAAAUUGUCGCCUCUUCACAUUGCAGCAGCAGAAGGGCACGUAGAGAUCUGCAAAAAGUUGUCAUCAGCAGCCCCAGAGGCUUGCUUUUGGCGAGACAGUCAUGAUAUGAACCCGCUUCAUAUUGCAGCCAUGAAAGGGCAUGUUGAAGUCGUGGAAUAUUUCCUUGAAGAGAGUACUUAG